AUGACAGCCUUAGAGAUUCAACCACUAAUAGUCAGAGGUCGUUACAUCCGCAUCUUGAAGCGGGAACCGGUGGAAGAUGAAGUAAGGCUCCGGCUGUCCUCCGUGGAGUGUGGGAGUUCGGGGCUGGAGGAUUGGGAUGCGGGGCGGGAGGAGCUGAGGGAAGGGGCGGGGGCGAAGCGUCCGAGGGCGCUGGAGUCGCGAAGCCUGGAAGGCGCCGAAACUCUUCCAGGGGAGGCCUACCCGUUGACGAAAGUGAAGUUAAUCAACGAGCUCAACGAGCGAGGGGUCCAGCUGGGGGUGGCGGAGAAGGUGUCCUGGCUCUCCGAGUACAAGGACAGCAGCGCCUGGAUCUUCUUGGGUCGUUACAUCCGCAUCUUGGAGCGGAAACCUGUGGAAGAUGAAGUAAGGCUCCGGUUGUCCUCCGUGGAGUGUGGGAGGUCGGGGCUGGGGGAUUGGGAUGCGGGGCGGGAGGAGCUGAGGGAAGUGGCGGGGCGGGGGGCGAAGCGUCCGAGGGGGCGGGGGUCGCGAAGUCCGGACGGCGCCGAGACUCACUCUUCCAGGUUAAUCAACGAGCUCAAGGAGCGAGGGGACCAGCUGGGGGUGGCGGAGAAGGUGUCCUGGCACGCCGAGUACAAGGACAGCAGCGCCUGGAUCUUCUUGGGUGAGUUCUGCCGCCGUGCGCCUCGGUGUCUUUUUUUGUUAAAUAGAUAUGGUGAGAUUGUUAACAUAAGUCUGGUACACAAUAAGAAGACUGGGAAAUCCAAGGGAUUCUGUUUCCUUUGCUAUGAAGACCACCGGAGCACAAUUCUGGCUGUUGACAAUUUUAAUGGCAUCAAGAUCAAAGGACGGACUAUACGAAUGGAUCAUGUGUCUAACUAUAGGGCUCCUAAGGACUCAGAUGAAUUGGAUGAUGUGACCAGAUUGCUUCAGGAGAAGGGUUGUGGGGCACACAAGCCUCCAAAAUUUUCAGAUGAGGACUCUGAGGAUGACAAGCCCACAAAAAAACGCAAAAAGGUAAAACAAAAAGGAAAAAAAGUAAAUGAAGAAAAGCGGGAGGUACAGCACGAUGCACCAGUCUCCUCUUCAUCACCCAGAAGCAAGAUGCUAAAGGAAAACAAUUCCCCCGACUGUAAAAAGUUCAACAACAAGAACUCAAAAAAGGUUCAGAAGUCAGAAUUCAGGGAGGGGCUGAAGCAAGGCCGGAGCAGAGACAGGGAGCCAAAGAAGAAGAAGCCCAAACAGGAACACAGGUCCUUAAGUAGGAGGGAGGAAAGGGAAGAAAAGAACAGGGAUAGGGACAGAGAUCAAAGGUCAGAUACCCACAUUGGCUGGCAGGCACAAGGAGCAUUCUAA